GGAGGAAACAGACACGGCGAACGUCGAAGACGGCCAGGAAGAUGGAGAGGGUACUGACGAUGACCACGCUGUCCGUUGGGGCUGCGGUGUCGUCACGUCAGCGCUGCAGAAGUGCGAAAGCAGUCAGGCGGCCGUACGACCCCGCACUGUACAGCCACCUGCCGUCCCACGAGAUACCGUUGCCUCCAAGUGACGAUGACGGCGACGACCCACGAUGUUCUACCCUACCUCUGGGCAGCGGUCCAACUCAGGAUUGGAUGGGGAGCCAGUUGUACAGGCAGGCAUCGACGCCGACGUACACUGAUCUUCUCGAGGGGCGUACCCCGGCUGGUUAUGACGCAGGACUGGCGGAUCUCAGCUUCGGAUUGAGGUCCAGGAGUGCCGAGGAGGUGAUGCGCACCGUUAUCGUGAACCCAGCUUCGGGCACGACCCACACACCAGCUCCAGUGACAACGCGGACUGGCGGAUCAGUUCCAUGUAGAACGACGACGGCAGGUGGCACAGUGGACGGACGACGCCCAAACGAUGAGUGGUCUGCAACGGAGGUCAUUGGUCGAAAGGUUUGGGAUGAUCAUCGGCGACAAUCGCGUGAAGCGAGCACGCCCGGCAUAACAAGAGGGGUGGCGAAGAUUAACGUGGGGGCGGACGAUAUACUCGGCGAUGAAGAUGGUGCAGUGGCGGAGGAUUGCGAGGCAGACGACGGGGCCGACAACGACGACGAGGAGGACAACGAGGAGAUGGAGAUUCGUCCAGUAGGGAGAAAGCAGGGAGGGUCGAGGGCCACGAAAAAGUUGCCGGAAACGCGCACGGGGCGGAGGGGGAAGAAGGGUGUGGAAGAUGCGUCGGCUGGCGAGGGUUCGAAAAGUCGGCAUUUUUGGACCGUGGAGCACAUGAUUGUUCUCAUCCGGGCAAAAAGAGACCAGGAUUCGCAUCUUGCCGGCCUCGCGUACACCACGGGAAGGAUGAAGACGAAGACAUGGAAGUGGGACGACGCGGAGAAGAGGCUGGUGCACAUGGGGGUCACGAGUAGAAAGGUCGUCGAUUGCGAGAAGAAAUGGGACAACCUGUACCAGCAAUUCAAAACCGUGCACAAGUUUAUGGGAGAAUUGGGGAAGCCAAAUUUCUUCACACUGACGCCAGGGGAGAGGAAGGAGCGGGGGUUUGAUUUUCGGAUGGAUGAGCGUGUGUAUUCGGAGAUGGCGGCGAUGACCAGGAGCGAUCACACCAUACACCCCACCAAUCUCGUCGACACUGGUGCGACUGGAGGUGUUCAAAUGCCCGGCCCACGCGGAGGUCGGAAUGAAUCCGGCGGUAGUGAGGGGGGCGGGGAUGGACAUGACGACGAUCUGGGGUCCACGAGGGAUUCUAUCAGCGGCGGUGGUGUUGGCGGGGGCAGCAAACGGAAGAAUGUGAGACAGCAGACCUUCGACACGAUUGUCGACGUGAUGAAGGAGCACGGAAGUCUGAUGGCGACAACCGUGGACAACGCGAGCAAGAGACACUGCUCAAUUCUGACUAGGCAGUGCGACAUUCUGGAGCAAGAGGUGGAAGUGCAGAAGGAACACUACGUUAAGGCCGACCAGGCGAACUUCAUGAUGUGCAACGCACUUAUGAAGAUUGCUAAAGCGAUCCGCGAGCGAUCGUGACGUCUCCCCGCCACGCGUGCCAUUAUUGU